AUGUCGGAAACACGAAUAUCCCAGACAGUGUCGAGUGCUUGUAGGGAACAAUUUGAUGUGAGUUUUUUAAAAGUACAUAAAGCAGGAAGUACAACUGUAAUGAACAUAUUUUUAAGAUUUGCCAUUAGCCAUAACCUCAGUAUAGUGUUACCACACAAGUCUCAAGGAUUCGGAUUCAAUUACCUUGGCUACGGCAAGACUGUGUCACGUGAUACCAUUGUACCGUUACCUCGUAACGAGACAUAUAACAUCCUUUGUAAUCACGUGGUGUACAAUAAGGAGGCAUUCCGAUCAAUUCUUCCAGUGGACACGAUGUAUGUGGGUAUUCUGAGGGAACCCGUCAGCCAUUUUAAAUCGGCGUCCUUGUAUUACGGAUUUUACAAUCAGUUGAAGAAGGUUAUUGGCGAUGGCAGACCUGCGAUAAGUGAGUUUUUGAAGGACACCAAUAUGUAUAAGAUUGGAACAUAUUUUGUCCAUAACAGAAUGUCUUAUGAUUUAGGUAUACACCCAACGAAGUUCAAUGACAAUAUGUUUGUACAUGAAUAUAUACGACAAUUGGACCAAGAUUAUGCAUUGAUGAUGAUAAUGGAACGCUUUGCCGAGUCUUUAGUUUUGCUUAGACGGACACUUUGCUGGACGACCAAAGACAUUUUGUAUGUCCCAUUAAAUGCCAUGAAAAACAAACCCAGCAUACAUCUAACCGAAGAGGAUGUACAACACUUAUCAAAGUGGAACAAAGCUGACUUCCAACUUUACGACCAUUUUCGGAGUAAAUUUGAUGAAACGGUACAAAAUCAAGGCCAAGAUUUGCAAGAUGAGGUGAAUAGUUUCACUGCUAUCAAAGACAGCGUCAGCAAAUUCUGCAAUGAUAUUCGCAAGUUGCCUAGCAAUAGUAUAGCAGUAAAGCACGUGUCAACUACUCGCUGGAGUCCCGGUUUUGACGUCACCCAAAAUGACUGUCGCUUGAUGACGGAGGACGAACUUCCGAUGAUGAGCCGACUGAUCAAGAAGGCGUGGCAACACUACAAUAAUUCAUUAAGUGUUUCUUAAAAAUCCUGAUGGACUUUGAUAUUCCAAAUGUUUAUUUAUUUGAUUGUUCAUUUUGAACGCUAAUUUCUACUAUUUAUGUUAAUUUACAGUCUUUCUAGUCAGCAUGUUUGUCUUUCAUAAGUCUACCACAAGUAAAGCCCCUUCAGGUAUCAAAUAUCAUUCUGUAUUUAACAUGAUACUAAGGUUUGAAGAAUGUACCCAUUAAAGGUCAAAAUAAUCAUAUUCGGAUGCUAUUAUCGAUGAUUAAAUUCAUUUCUUCCUGAUAAAAAAUGCAAAAUACACAAUGUAGUUAUUAAUGGUAGAAUGUUUUCACACCGAUACCAUGUGGUUUAUGAAUUGCUGCAAUAUU